AAAGGAUCGUAAGAGGAACCGGGGAGGGGGGGGAACAGCGCAGUGCAAAGCCAGGGAAGGAGCUCCGUUUCUGGGGACGCGGACGUGAAAUGCCCUGCCGGGCGUCUGGAGGGUACUUCUGCGGGAAACUGAAGGUGUUUAGCUCUAGCUGAUGAUGGCAGGGGAUUCCCGAUCUCACAUGGACCACAGUAUGGAGAUAGGAGUACUCCCUCGUGAGAUGAAGAAACUUCCGAAGCAUAUCAGGGACGCGCAGAUCUCCACUGACCGCACUCGCCUGAUCGCCGAGCCGGUGAAGAAGCCCAGGCAACGCUACGUCCAGAAGGACGGCAAGUGCAACGUCCACCACGGCAACGUCCAGGAGACCUACCGCUACUUCAGCGACCUCUUCACCACGCUGGUGGACCUGCAGUGGCGCCUGAGCCUGCUGAUCUUCACCCUGGUCUACGUGUUCACCUGGCUCUUCUUCGGCUUCUUCUGGUGGAUCAUCGCCUACCUCCGGGGCGACCUGAUCCACGGCGACGAGGAGGACUGGACGCCCUGCGUGGAGAACCUCAACAGCUUCGUCUCGGCCUUCCUCUUCUCCAUCGAGACGGAGACCACCAUCGGGUACGGCUACCGGGUCAUCACCAACGAGUGUCCCGAGGGCAUCAUCCUGCUGCUGGUGCAGGCCAUCCUGGGCUCCAUCGUCAACGCCAUCAUGGUGGGCUGCAUGUUCGUGAAGAUCUCGCAGCCCAAGAAGCGGGCGGAGACGCUGAUGUUCUCCCACAAGGCCGUGGUGUCCCUGCGGGACGACAAGCUGUGCCUGAUGUUCCGGGUGGGCGACCUGCGGAACUCGCACAUCGUGGAGGCCUCCAUCCGCGCCAAGCUCAUCCGCUCGCAGCAGACCAAGGAGGGCGAGUUCAUCCCGCUCAACCAGACCGACAUCAACAUCGGCUUCGACACCGGCGACGACCGCCUCUUCCUGGUGUCGCCCCUCAUCAUCUCCCACGAGAUCAACGAGAACAGCCCCUUCUGGGAGUGGACCCAGGCCCAGAUGGAGAAGGAGGAGUUUGAGAUCGUGGUCAUUUUGGAGGGCAUGGUUGAAGCCACAGGGAUGACCUGUCAGGCUCGGAGCUCCUACCUGGACACGGAGGUCCUCUGGGGCUACCGGUUCACCCCAGUCCUCUCCCUGGAGAAGGGCUUUUAUGAGGUGGACUACAACAACUUCCACGAGAUCUACGAGACCAGCACCCCCUCUUGCAGUGCCAGGGAGCUGGCGGCCAGCGGGGGCAUGCGAGACAGACUGCUCCUUCCUCACCUCUCCCUCCCCUCCCACACCCCCAAAACCCACCUCCAAGACCUGCUGGGCACCCCCGACCCCCUGCCGGGGGACGAGGGCAAGCGGGGGGGUCUGAGGGAGGGGACCAACGGUUCGGCCGCUACGCUGGGGGUCCAAGCGUGACGCCAUGGCAACGCUUCGCCGGGUGCCUGGCAGGGCCCUGCAUUUCCAUGACAACGCUCGGAAAACAGAGGGGAAAAUGCCUCAGGCAGCAUGGCCACAGUUUCAUUCUUAACUUGGAUAUGGGGUGGCAGGAAACUGCCUGUUGAUUGGUUGUUUUGAUAUCCCAGGCUGUUGCGGAGCCUGUGAUUGGAUGAUGUUAUGUAUGGGCGGAAGGAAGCCAUUAAACUGCUGGAUUGAUCUUUGCCAACUUCUCACGAGUCAAAUUAUAUGGACUGAAGGAGUUGGCGGACGAGAAGGACGCCCUCUGCUGGUGAGAUGGGGCAGUGCUAGCUCUGACUGAGGAUUCAUCAAGCGACGCAAUUUAUUCCUUAUUAAGACGCACAAGAUCGUCACCAUAACGCACAGUGGAGUAUCCAUUGACCACACAUGGGAUUUUGCCAAGACCACACACUGGAUUACCACAAACGAGAGACUCCUGCGCCUAAGCCAUGGUCACAUGUACAGCUCGCUAUGGAAACGUCCACCGUGGCUGUAACUGGUGGGUGAAUUUCUUGAGAGGCCUGGAAACUUCCACUGUGAAUCGAACUGACCGGCGAAUUUCCUGCAGGGGUUAACACUGGUGACAUGACUCAGAUCCACGGCGCUGAUGUACAUUUUGCGCUCACUAGGUAUUUUAUUACAAAAUUAUCGGCACAACCGCAGCUGCGGCAGAAAACGGUUCGGAAAUUCAGUGCCUCCCGUCAACCACUCGCGGCUGGUCUAUCUUUCAGGAAGUAGCGUACAUGGAGGUGGGAUGAAAUAGGUUCGUAGAUUCGGUGUCACAUUUCAUAAGUCAGAUGCUUUCUUUCAUCACCAUAUUAUGUGAUUUAUGUGUGUCUGUACGGCUUCUGCUGUUGUGCGGUUUCACUCCCGGACAGCUGCUUGUCAUAACUAUUGAGUUUCCUCCCAUGGAUCUCAGCUGAAAUUCCAAUUUAGGGAUUAUAUGUCCAUAUCUGUAUUGUUUGUGGCACUACCAUUUUAGGUUUCUGUAAUUCAGGGCGUUUUAUUUGAUCUAUAUAUUGUGGAACAUUUGUUCUACCUUUUUUCCUUAACUGUUUUCAUUGUCAGUGUAGCUUUGGCAAACCAUUAUAAAGAACAGGGUAUUUUCUUAGCUUUCAUAAAUACAGCGAAAGCCUUUUACAAAUAUUAUUCAAGAAGGUGUUGAAUAUGACCCUACUAUAUGUAAAAUGUUUUAAAGGAAAAGUAAUAAAAACUUAUAGAGAUUAUUUAUGCCUUUCUAGAAUGCAGUAUCACAUACAAAUGCAGGAUGCCAAAAAAAAAGAAGAAAAAAAAGAUAAGCUUUCACUCAAUAAGUAAACAUGUUGCCUAAAAUUGUAGGGUUAAGUUCUCCUCUGUUUUCUGUCCAAAAGUCCAAUUAGCUUGCACAUUAAAGAUGAUCGAUUCA